UAUUCAUACCUUUGUUGUAAAUUUUUCAGAUGCUAUUGUUAUUGUAUAGGUAAUAGAUGUAUCUUCAAAUUUUUUAUGUACGUUUUUAAUUUCACCGAGUAAUAUUUAUUUAAUUUUUGUUAGCUUUUAAUAUCCUUUGUAUUAUAUAUUGCUUAACGGCAAAGAUAAUUUAACUGAGUAAUCAAUGUCUUCAAAUUUCGUUCGCUUUGCUAUAACUGGUUUUGUUGGAUGGAUGGGAGGCGUAACAUUUGAAAAAUGGAAGAACAAAAGCUCAGUCAUAGCAGCAACAUCUCUCGAACCAGUUGCACGAAGUCAAGUUGAACCAGUACCAAAUGCUACCAAUGUUAGUCAGAUAAUGAAGUUUGGUAUUCCUGGUCACAAUAGUAUCAAGACCCAAGAAAAUUAUGUUUUAUCCUAUGAUCAGAGAAACCGAGUAGCACAUUGGGUGUUUGAACACCUAACAAGAGAAGGUUUGAAAAGCAACGAUCAAGUAGAUCGGAGUAAAUGCGAGUUUCAGGAAGAUACUUUUAUCCAUCCCUUCUUCCGUUCACAAAAUAGUGAUUACAAAGGAAGUGGAUUUGAUAGAGGACAUCUAGCUGCUGCAGGCAACCAUCGUACAAGACAAGAGCUUGUAAAUAAAACGUUUUUUCUUAGCAAUAUAGCCCCGCAGGUUGGGAAAGGUUUUAAUAGGGACAAGUGGAACAGACUGGAAAAAUAUGUUCGACAUUUAACUCGUAACACCUACAGAAAUGUUUAUGUUUGUACAGGCCCCCUUUAUCUACCAAGAGAGGAGCCAGAUGGUAAGAAAUAUGUAAAAUAUCAAGUCAUUGGUUCAAACAAUGUUGCUGUUCCAACCCACUUCUUUAAAGUUAUAGUGGGAGAAACAGAUCAGAGGGAGUAUGACUUAGAAGCAUAUGUGAUGCCUAAUAAAGUUAUUGAGGAGGAUACUCCUCUCAGUGCCUUUAUGGUUCCAAUUGAAAGCAUUGAAAGAGCUGCGGGCUUGUUGUUUUUUGAUAAAAUAUCUCGAAAAACAUUUCGUUUAAUCAAUGGCAGAAAGGUUUUCCCAGUUUGACUUGAUAAUUCUUUAAGCAACUCUAUUGAAUCUUAAUGUGUAGCUUAAAAAUGAUGUGAAAGAUAUACCACCUUUGAUAUACUUGUUUUUAUUCAAAAAGUUGGUGCUACACAGAAUUCUUAAUUCCAAGAAAAUAAAACCUAGUAUGUGUACCAGUUAAACUGUUAAAAGAUAAAAAUGUAUACAUGGAAUAAGUUGUAUGUCAUUUAACAAAUUCUAAUUUUCUUGUCAUAUUAAAUCAUUUUAAAAGCUGUUCAAGAAAGUUGGAAAAACAACACUCAAAAUACAAAUAUCCACAUAUUUUAUAUGCUUAUGAUACAUUACAAAAAAAAAAGAUUGUAAAUAUACAUUUAAAGCCUAAUUUCAGGUUCUUUUAAUAAAGAAAAUGUCUUUUUGAGUUAAGAAGCAGAAUAAUAUAUAAAGAACUUAUUAAAUUUUAAAAUUCAAACAUUCAAGUUAAAGAACAGACUAUGCUAAUAAAGAUUUAGCGCUUUACAAUUUAUUUCCCAAUAUUAUCAGAUGUAUUAAUAAUUUUUUAAAGUUGCAACAUGUUUUGUCAUCUUGAAGUUGUAGGGACUCUUUCUUCUGAUAGCAAACUGUGUAAUCAGUUUCUCUUAGUUUUGUUUUAAACAGAUUUAUCUCGUUUGUUUUAGAAGGAUUACCAAUGAUGGAAGUAUGUUAAUACUGAAUAAGUCUGAUUGCUUAUUACAUUCUGUUCUUCCCACCUCCUAAAAACAUAAUUUUCUGUAAUGAACAUGUUACUAUUUAAUGAAUAAAUUUUCACCAGAAUUUA